AUGGUGUGUGCAAAAUGUGAAAAGAAACAGACCAAAGUGGCAGCGCCCGACCCCUUCCGCAAUAAGGCCCUCGGUGCGUCAGCGUCGACGAGCAAAGCCGGCAAGACUGAAGAACGCGACGACCUCGGGAAGAACAAACUGCUGUCCAAGAACAGAUACCUCCCCUACGCAGCUAAAGACGGUGGCUCUAAAUGCAAGGUCUGUAAACAGGCAACUGCCAGACCAGACGCGCGAUACUGCCAGAAUUGCGCUUAUAAGAGGGGCAAGUGUAGUGUGUGUGGGGUGAAGCAGAUGGACACUACGUAUCAGAAGAUGUCAGCCAAGUGA